AUGUUUCCUUUACAACGAGGCAAUGAGCUGGUCAUUCAGUUUUCUAAUAGCCCCCACCAACAGCAACACAAAAUCUCCGAAGAUCUGAUUCUGGAUGAUUAUGCUUCUCUGGAUGUCAAUUAUUCCGAUAAAAAAUUCAGUAGUAGCCACCCGAAGAAAUGUUUUAAUGGGGCUGAUAAGAAUCAUGGUAGUUCUAAUGAACACAAGAAGAAGAUGAUCCAUAGGGAGAUUGAAAGGCAAAGGAGACAAGAAAUGGCUACUUUUAUUGCCUCUCUUAGAUCCCUUCUCCCUCUUGAGUUCAUCAAGGGAAAGCGUUCAAUAUCUGACCACAUGAGCGAGGCAGUGAAUUACAUAAAGCACAUGCAGCACAAUAUCAAAGAACUUGGUGCCAAAAGAGAUAAACUGAAGAAACUCUCCAACUAUUCCAAGAUGGAAAAUAACCAUGAAACCUUGCAUACAUAUGGAAACUUCACUGUCCAUGAGAACAAUGGUAUUGUGGGAAUUGAAAUCACCAGCGGCUUUAGAAAAGAAAGUUUCAAACUUUCAAAGUUACUACAGUUACUGAUUGAAGAAGGACUUGAAGUUGUUAGUUGCCUCUCAACUGAAGCCAAUGGUAGAUUGCUCCACAGUGUCCAGUGUGAGGUUAAUGAUUCCAACAGCGUAGAUCUAUCUGAGCUGAGAAGGAAAGUUGCUAAUGUAAUUCCAACACAUAAAUGUUUUGAUUAA